AUGGUCCAACUCUCCACCUCCGUCCUCCUCGCCGCUCUCCUCGCCGCCCCUUCUUUGGCCUCCCACGUCGCCACUGAGCAUGGAUCCAACUCCUUCUCUGUUCGCGAUCUCGAGUACCUCGAAGAGCUCGCCAUCCGGGAACCCGCCCUCGGUGGCGCGUUGAGGAAGGUCGGCCGUGUCGUCAAGAAGGCCGUCAACAGCAAAGCCGCCGGAGGCGCCAUGGCGGCUGCUGAGGUCGCCGGUACUGCCGCCGCCAUCCACUCCGCCUCUAGACAACCCACCGCACGCGACCUCGAGUACAUCGAGGAACUCGCCGCACGCGACCCCCGCAUCGGGGCUAUGCUGAAGAAGGUUGGUCGUGUGGCUGGCAAGGUUCUCGGUGGGGUUAGCACCGUGGCCACCGUUGGCAGUGUCGCCGCAUCUGUUGCCCCCCAGCGGCGCGAUCUCGAAUAUCUCGACCUCAAGAUGCGUGACCCCCGCCUCGGCGCUGUACUGAAGAAGGUCGGUCGCGUGGCUGGCAAGGUGCUCGGCGGCGUCAGCACUGCGGCCACCGUUGGAAGUGUUGCUGCAUCUGUUGCCGCACCCCAGCGACGUGAUCUCGAGUACCUCGACCUCGAGAUGCGCGACCCCCGCCUAGGUGCCGUACUCAAGAAGGUCGGUCGAGUCGCUGGCAAGGUUCUUGGUGGGGUCAGCACGGCGGCUACCGUGGGCAGCGUUGCUGCGUCUGUUGUCCCCCAGCAGCGUGAUCUCGAGUACAUCGAGGAACUCGCCGCACGCGACCCCCGCAUCGGGGCUAUGCUGAAGAAGGUUGGUCGCGUCGCCGGCAAGGUUCUCGGUGGGGUCAGCACCGCAGCAACCGUCGGUAGUGUCGCUGCAUCUGUUGCCGCACCCCAGCGACGUGACCUCGAGUACCUCGACUUGGAGAUCCGCGACCCCCGCCUCGGCGCUGUGCUGAAGAAGGUUGGCCGUGUCGCUGGCAAGGUGCUCGGUGGUGUCAGCACGGCCGCCACCGUUGGCAGUGUUGCAGCAUCUGUUGUCCCCCAGCAACGCGACCUCGAGUUCAUCGAGGAGCUUGUCGCCCGCGGAUACUUCGACGAGCUCGACUGA